AUGGCCGACACAGAUGGUACCGAACGAUCUAGCGCACGAAGAAGCCUCAACACAACGACAAGCAAUAACCCAGAGGUUUCCUCCCAUGUUCCACCGAGUCAGGAUGAGCAAACCUCCUUGAUACAAAUCUGGAACAAACACGCUGACCCGACACCUCUCGAUUCUUUUCCGUUCGACCGGCACCAAUGGGCAGAGCGAAAUAUUCACAUCCUUAGCUCCACGGCCGGUACAGCCCCAAAUCGUGGAAUUUUGUUCGAAAAUCUCUCCAUACAAGGAUCUGCCUCGUCUGACCAAGUUCACCCGACGGUUCUUUCAGCUUUCAUACGUCCUGCCGUAUCAGUCGUCAAGCUUUUCUACAGACAAAGCCAUGAACAGCAGAUUAACAUCGUGCACAAUCUGGAUGGACUCAUUUGCAAUGGAGAGUUGCUUUUGGUGCUGGGUCGCCCAGGCAGCGGGUGCUCGACCUUCUUGAAGGCAAUCUGUGGAUAUCUGGACGGCUUGGUUCUGGACCCGGCCAGCAGGAUACAAUAUACGGGUCUCCCGAUUGCGCGGAUGAUAAAGGAUUAUCGCGGACAAAUUGCAUAUAAUCAAGAAGAGGAUCAUCAUUUUCCGCAUUUGACAGUUGGUCAAACCCUGGAGUUUGCUGCAUAUGCACGCACACCACAUACCCGGCUGGGUGAUAUGGAUCGCGACGGAUAUGCGAAGAAGAUGGUGCAGGUUGCCAUGACCCUGUUUGAACUUUCCCACACGCAAGACACACAAGUGGGCAAUGAAUAUAUUCGUGGAGUUAGUGGAGGAGAAAGAAAACGUGUGAGCAUAGCCGAAAUGGCAUUAGCGAGAGCUUCCAUUGGAGCCUGGGACAAUAGCACAAGAGGUCUUGAUGCAACUCGUGCACUUAACUUUGUCCAAGCCCUUCGUCUGUCAGCCAAUCUUACAAAUGCUUGCCACGCUGCCGCCCUUUCCCAAGCUUCAGAGCCCAUGUACAAUACCUUUGACAUCGUCACUGUUCUAUAUGAGGGACGACAAGUAUAUUUUGGCCCUUGUCAACAUGCUGUGGCGUAUUUCGAAAAGAUGGGAUGGAAACGUCCUACUCGGCAGGUCAGCGCGGACUUUCUCACUUCCGUCACCAAUCCAAGUGCGCGUGAGCCCCAGGCUGGAAUGGAAGAGAGGGUUCCGCGGAGUUCGCAAGACUUCGAGACAUACUGGAAACAGAGCCCAGAGUAUAUAGAGCUUCAGGAGAAGAUGAAAAAUUACUCCCAGAGCUUCCCUGUUGAUAGCCCAGAAGAGAGUAAAGUGCACCAUACCAGCCAUACCGAGCAGGCUGACCACAUUCGACUGCCCGGCCCUUUCCCUCUCUCAACGACUAUGCAAUUACGAUUGUGUCUCAUCAGAGCGUGUCGACGAACUAUCAAUGACCGCGCUGGUAUCAUUGCAACUGCAGUGGUACAAAUCGUCAUAGCGGUCCUCAUCGGCUCUCUCUUCUACAACAUCCCCGACGCUUCUGCUGGUCUGUCCCAGAGGGCAUCGGUUAUCUUUCUGGCAGUCCUCACAAACAACUUGAUUGCUUUGCUGGAGAUCAACGUCCUGUACAGUCAAAGACCAGUUGUGGAAAAACAUGCUCGCUACGCAUUCGUUCGCCCCUUCACCGAGGCCCUCGCUGGAGCUAUCAUAGAUCUCCCCAUCAAACUUCUCCGCUGUCUGCUCGCCAGUGUCAUCAUAUAUUUUAUGGCAAAUCUUCGGAGGGAAGCUGGUCAUUUCUUCAUUUACCUCCUCUUUCAACUCGUCUCGGUUAUAGCCAUGUCCGGGUUCUUCCGGUGCUUGGCCACGAUCACAAAAACAAUCAGUCAAGCGAUGGCUCUCGGUGGGAUCACUAUUAUCUGCAUUGCAGUAUAUACUGGUUUUACUAUACCACAGCCUGACAUGCGUCCUUGGCUUAGUUGGAUCCGAUGGCUUAAUCCAAUUUUCUACACAUUUGAAGCAGUCAUCGCCAACGAAUUCCAUGGCCUGCGAGCCAAAUGCGUUAAUUAUUUACCAGACUAUCCAUCUCUGUCGGGCUCAUCUUUCACUUGCUUAGAAACGGGUGCUGUCGCUGGAGAGCACUACGUAUCUGGAGAUAGACACAUUGAGAAGCAUUAUGAUUACUCCUACAGUCAUCUAUGGAGGAAUUGUGGCAUCCUAAUUGUGUUUCUUGUUUCAUUCCACGUGCUCUACCUCGUGCUUGCAGAGCUGGUCCCAGGCACCGUAUCCGCUCCUAAGACACUAUCGUUUCUUCCUGGUUACAUUGCAGGAAACUUGAGCCCUCCCGACGAAGAAACGGGGCAGCAGCCCAAAGUAUCGAAAGAGCUUUCGACGUCAAACUCGCAGUCCUGCAGGUUGUUGCCAAAUCAAGAGAAGAUACUCACUUGGCAGGGAUUGUGCUACGAUGUUCCAGUCAAGGGAGGGACAAAAAGACUGCUUGAUGAUGUUAGCGGCUGGGUCAAGCCAGGGACCCUCACUGCUCUUAUGGGAAUGUCUGGUGCAGGCAAAACCACUCUUUUAGACGUCUUAUCACAGCGAGCAACUCUUGGCGUUGUGACGGGGGAGAUGCUAGUCAAUGGUACAGCCCUCAAUACCAGCAUCUGCCGCAAGACCGGAUACGUCGAACAGAAUGAUCUUCAUUGUGAAACUGCCACAAUUAGGGAGGCCCUUCGGUUUAGUGCGGCACUGCGACAACCCCGGUCCGUCUCCAUGGAAGAGAAGUAUGCAUUCGUCGAGGAAGUGAUUCAAAUGCUAGGAAUGGAAGACUUUGCCGAGGCUAUCGUGGGGAACACUGGCGAAGGAUUGAAUAUUGAACAGAGAAAGCUUCUUACCAUCGGCGUUGAGCUGGCUGCAAAGCCUGAACUGUUGAUCUUUCUAGAUGAGCCUACUAGCGGACUGGAGUCACAGAGCUCCUUGGCAAUUUGUUCAUUUAUGAGGAAGCUCGUUGAUCAUGGACAAGCUGUGCUUGCCACUAUCCACCAGCCCAACGCCGUCAUGUUUGAACAAUUCGAUCGCCUCAUGCUACUUGGUAAAGGUGGUAGGACAGUGUACUUUGGGGACAUUGGGAGCCAUUCUCGCACUAUUCUAGAUUAUGUGGAAACGAACGGCGCACGUCCAUGCGGGCCAGCCGAGAACCCAGCCGAAUACAUACUGGAAGUGGUCAGCGAAGACUCGCAAGACAGUUCUCAAUCGAUUGAUUGGGUGGAUAUCUGGAAGCAGAGUCCUCAAAACCAGGAAGUUUUGAAUCAUCUUUGUCAGAUCUCUUCAACCCCCUCUCAGGGCCUGAUCAUCGACACACAAAGCGAGCCUGAAUUUGCCAUGCCAAUUACCGCUCAGUUAUACCUGGUCAUGAAGCGUGACUUCCAGCAAUAUUAUCGACAGCCGGACUAUAUUAUAGCGAAGCUUGCUUUGGGCAUUGUAUGUGGCCUUUUCAUCGGCUUCUCAUUCUGGAUGUCCGACAACUCGAACCAAGGGUUUCAAAAUACCAUGUUCAGCUUAUUCCUUCUAUGCACCAUCUUCUCCACCAUGAUAAACCAGAUUAUGCCAAAAUUCAUCGGCAGGCGGACGCUGUAUGAGCUACGCGAGCGACCUUCUAAGACUUAUUCCUGGAAGGUAUUCAUUUUUUCACAAAUCGUCGUUGAGCUCCCCUGGCAGGCUUUGCUUGGGAUCUGCACAUGGGCCUCUUUCUACUUUUCUGUCUAUGGUGAAAAGCAAGAUGCACAGCAGCAGGGUCUGGUGCUUCUUUUUGUGUUGCAAUUCUUCCUCUUUGCCUCCAGCUUCGCCUCAUUAAUAGCCUCUGCAGUGCCCAGUCCAGUUCUUGGCAGCAUGAUUGGUCUCUUUAUGUUUGUUUUAUCCUUGCUUUCGAACGGUGUCAUGCAGCCUCCUGGAGCCCUACCACCCUUCUGGAGCUACAUGCACAGGGUUUCACCUUUGACCUAUUAUGUGGGCGGUAUCAGUGCGACUGCACUACAUGGUCGUCCAAUUCAUUGCUCGGAUCGAGAAACGGUCAGCUUUGAUGCCCCAGCCGGACAAUCGUGCGGAGAGUAUCUAGGAAAGUAUAUGGCAAAAGCACCCGGAAACCUCUACAACUGGACUUCCACUGGGAAGUGUCACUAUUGUCCCCUCCGUUCGGCGGAUCAAUAUCUUGCCAGCCGGGAGAUUUUCUGGACCAAUCGGUGGCGGGACUACGGGAUUCUUUGGGCAUACUUUGCUGUCAACAUCUUCGGCGCCGUCUUGCUAUACUAUCUCUUCCGAGUUUUGCCGUAUUCCCGAUCAAACAAGGUCAAAAAGAGGGCGUCCUGA